UCAGUCUGUUGGUUGUGUGAGGUUCUACGUAUGGUUGGGUACACCAUUUGUCAACUAGUUCUCAUUCAGUGCUGAUCGUGGUUUUGGGCAAGUGAACAACAUGACCGACAUACUCUACACUUUCUACCCAUUGUGGGUGAUAAUGCUUACAAUAUUAGGAGGAUUACUGAAGCCUGUGCUCCGUGUCAUAUUGGGUCCAACCAUUUCCGAUUAUCUUUUCUGGAUUAUGGUGUUUGGAUUAAUAGGGCUGAAGGCAUACUUGAAAUGGACCACAGGAACUUGCAAGAGCAUGAAACGAAUCAUUGGAAAAACAGUCAUCAUUACUGGUGCAAACUCAGGAAUUGGGAAGGAGACAGCAGUUGCCUUGGCUUUCAGAGGUGGUAAGGUGAUACUUGCUUGCAGAGAUGUGGAGAAGGGGCAGAUAGUUUGUGAUGAGAUUAUUAAACGAACUGAAAACACAAAAGUGGAGGUACAACAUCUGGACCUGAGUUCUCCAGCAUCAAUUCGCAAGUUUGCCAACAACAUUAUUAACACAGAGCCACGUGUAGACAUUCUCAUCAAUAAUGCAGGCGCUACUGGUCUGGGAAAUAAGAAGACAGAAGACAAUCUUCAAAUUGGCAUGCAAGUGAACCAUUUUGGACCUUUUCUGCUCACAUGCCUCUUAGUGGGAAAAAUGAAAAAGAGUGCUCCCAGCCGAAUUAUAAUGGUCUCUUCAUUGCUACAUCAUUGUGCCAAAUUUGAUAUUGAUAAUCUGAACUGUGAAAAGAAAUUCAAUGAAAGUCAAGUUUAUUUCUGCAGCAAGUUGGCAAACAUGAUGAUUGCCAAUGAAUUAGCCAAGAAGCUAAAAGGAACAGGAGUGACAGUUAAUUGUGUUCAUCCUGGUCUGGUUUACACAAGGACAUGGAAUUAUCUACCUGGUCUACUUCAACCCAUCUUCAAAUUUAUACUGAAAAUGUUUUUCAAGAGUGAACGAGAAGCUGCUCAGACAUCCAUCUUUUUGGCAGUUGAUAAAGAUUUAGAUGACGUGACUGGCCAGUUUUUCUGUGACUGUCAGGUUGUGACACCUUCACAUAAAGCAUUGAAUGAGGGACUUGCCAAGAAGGUUUGGGAGAAGACUGAAGCCCUAGUUGGCCUUAAGCCUGCAGAGAAAGAUUUCUAGUGCAAGGAUAUCUCACAGUAGUGGUUUCCCACCCUCAGUUCGACAUUUGCAAAGGACCAUUACAAAAAACCUUUUAUUUUAUAUAGCAGAACAGUAACUGAACGGUUUGAGUCAUAAGAGUCGGCAAGGACCUCCGAAACGUCUGUAAACUUCUACCAGAAAACAUGGCGCAAGAGCCCAGGAGACAGCCAUCUUCAUACUCGCCGCUGUGAAAACCAAAAAAUCCUACUUACAUGCACUAUACUGGUGACAUGGCACAGACUGUUUCUGAGCACCCUUCUCAUGUUGGUGCCUACUGCAACACAACAGACAAGAUGCCCAGACAAAACUUUGUUCACAUGCCUGUACAAAGGUCGUCACAUACAAAAAUCUAGUGACACAUGUUAAACUGAAUUUUAGUCUGUUAAUUAAAAACACGCUUUCCAAUAAAAAAAGAGCUAUAUUCAUACGAUUCAAAUAAAUUCUCCUGUAUCAGGUUAUAACCAGCAAAUACUUGUUAAACAAAUAAAAACCUGUUACUAGUAUUUAAAUCGUCAACAAACUGUAGAACUUCAUAUGUAAAAAUCAAAAGUGCUUUUCUAGUGUUUGUAAAACACGCACAUUGAUCAGAAAACUUAAAAAUUAUUUAUCAUGCAUGAAUAUUGAGAUGUUGCGCCGUGUAGCAUGGUAGAAGCCGACUGACAUCUCAGAGGUGCUUACUUCCUCUUUCAUCAGGGUGGUGUGAAUCUUGAACCACACAAAGGAUCAAGUUUAUCCACAAUGAUCACAGAUGAUGUCCUGGUAUGGGGGAAUAAAGGAAUACAAGAAAAUAAAAUCCUUAAAUGACUAGAACAUGGAAUCCUGGGCAUAUCAUUUGAAACUGGAAAUCUCUGAAGAGGUUAUGUUACUUAAAUUUGACCUAUGAAGUAGAAUGUGGCCAAGGACGAAGAGAGAUUCAAGAUUAUAAGCAGCAGAGACAAAGUUCUACAGAGUAUCAAGUAACGAAAAAGAAGGAAAGAUCUGAAAGUAACGGCAUUAUAGUAUUGUUUACAUUACUAAUACAGUUGUACGCAGAAACCAACCAAUUAAAAUCAUGGGAAGAGUGGACACAUUCAAGAACAUUUCUGAAAAGGCUUUAUUAUGAGAUGACAAAACCAGACAGAAACAUCACUAGAUGAUGGAUUUAAAAUAAAUAAUAAUAAACAA